AUGCAUCUCAUCCUCACCGGGGCAACAGGCCUGUGCGGCUCAGCCGUUCUGGAUGCUAUGGUCCGCAUGAAGGACGUCACCAAGAUCUCCAUCCUCAGCAGAAGACCGGUUCGGAUGGCCGAGGAUCUGAAGGACCCUCGAAUCAACGUUAUCAUUCACAAGGAUUUCGAAAAAUAUGACGCGAACCUCCUCAGCCAGUUGACGGGCGCCACAGGUUGUGUGUGGGCCUUGGGCAUCUCGCAGACCCAAGUAAGCAAAGAGGAGUACGUCAAGAUCACCAAGGACUUCACUCUACGCGCGGUUGAGGCCUUUGAAACCCUAGGCACGGAAGAGAAGCCUUUCCACUUUGUCUACGUGUCGGGGCACGGCGCGACUAUCGAGCCUGGGCGAUUUGCCCAGACCUUUGCGCUUGUCAAGGGCGAGACCGAGGUCCUCCUUGCAGGGAUGCAUAACAGGAACAAGGCGCUGCUUGCCACGUCAAUCCGCCCGUGCUUUAUCGAUUUUGCAACGCACGACGCCAUCAAGCCAUACAUCCCAACCCAAGAGAUGUACAAGAAUAUCAUCACGCCCAUUCUCGGGCCGCCCAUCCGGCACCUGGCCAAGUCGUACUGGAGUCCAACGCAGCGCCUGGGCGAGUUUAUGACGGAGAUGGCGAUGGGCAAGUGGGACGACCGGUUGGAGGGCCCGGGCAUCGAGAAGGUGGGAGACUUCCGCAUCCUUGGGAAUGUUGGGUUUCGUCGGCUGGCUGGUUUGCAUUAG